UUAUAUUUAAUGGGAUUGGUUGCAGAGUUAGGUGGCGCUAGUAGUUAGGAUGAUUUAAUGAGUAGUAUGCAGGAGAGCAUAGGAAAUGGAAGCAUAAUGUGAGCUGUAUGUUCGUCAAUAAUAGACAAAACAUAGCUGGUUGGGAGUAAUAGGGACUGAUUCACUUCUUUCUUGACCCUAUGGAAAUUUGCCUAUCCCGUUAUUGCCAAAUAGAUUGGACUUGACCACUCAUAGGAGUUUCCUUUUUCUUAGACUCGAAUUUUGUCCAUACUCUGUUAUUCGCUGUGGUUUUUGUUCUUGAAUUUGAAAUGCUAUGUCAAAAUUUAAUUUGUGGUUUUGUGUAUUGCGUGCUUUCAAUGUGAUUGCAGGUGCAUUGGGAGUUCAGCUCAAUGAAUGGUCAAUGAGAGUUCAAAUUUCACUAUUUGUGGGAUUGAAAGCUAGAACGUGUCAGUUCAAAUUACAAGUGCUUGAUUGGGGUGAUAACACCAUAUGAGGGACAAAGAGCAUAUAUUGUGAACUAUAUGUCUAGAAAUGGUGCUCUUAGACAGCAACUUUACAAGGAGAUUGAGGUUGCAAGUGUAGAUUCAUUUCAAGGAAGGGAAAAAGACUACAUUAUUUUGUCAUGUGGAAUUGGACUCCUUAAUGAUCGCCGUAGGCUCAAUGUUCCCCGUAGGCUCAAUGUUUCUCUAACUCGUGCCCGAUAUGGUAUUGUCAUUUUGGGGAAUCCUAAAGUCCAGAGCAAACAGCCACUGUGGAAUAGCUUAUUGACACACUACAAGGAGCAUGAAUGCUUGGUUGAAGGACCUCUGAAUAAUUUGAAACAAAGUAUGGUUCAAUUUCAAAAGCCUAAAAAGGUUUGGCACUUAUAACAAUGACUGAUGGCCGGCACUUUUUGCAGGCAUCAAAAGAACUUAGUGAUUAAUGGGAUCACAUGCAUAUUGAAGAGGACCCAGCUAUAGAUCUAAAUGUCUAGAUGACAGAUGCAAGUCAUUGUGUUUUUAAAAUUUCCAAUGAAUUGGUCUUGAAGGUUAAAGGUCAUAAAAAUCUUCUAUUUUGAAAGGUAGAUGAACAGUGUAAAUUUUAGAGUGUAAAGGGCAACAGGCAGAGUAGUUGAGUUGUAUUGAUUUUUACAGUUUGUUUCAGGUUAUUAAAUUUUGAUUAA